AAGGGUUCUGUAGCGAUCCUUCAUCUUUUGCAGUUCUACUCUUCUUCAUCUCUGGUUUUCUCCAUCCUCAAUAGAUAUUAGCACCUAUUCACAGUUUCCUAGGAAACCUUCUCUGAUUCAUUAUGGGGAGAAAGAAGAAGUUCAUUGACAAGAAAAAGUCGUCCACUUUCCAAUUAGUCGCCCGAGACUCCUCAGACCCCAACUACGACGACUCACCCGGCGGCGACCGUGUCUUCAUCCAAGUCUCCGGCCGACCUAACGACGAUCCCGAUUCUAUCUUCGCCGACGCGCCUGAGGACGAAGAAGGUGACCACUAUUACGACCAGGCUUUCGGAAACUCUGAGGCGGCGGCUCAGCCCCUGCCGGAGAAACUGAGGAAGGAGAUUCUGGACCUCGGGUUUCCCGACGACGGUUACAACUAUUUGAACCAUUUGAGGGAGAUUAAGAACACCGGCGGUGGCUCCGCCUAUUACUCCAACCCCAAGGCUAAGCUCGAGCAGCUUCCGCAUGACGUCAAGGCAUAUGAUGCUUCAAGAUUGCGAAUUUCGGAGAAUGAGGCUCCGGAUGAGAAUGCUAUUUACAAUGUGGCGUCUAAGACGGUCAAUGUGAGGGUUAAGAAAGCUGUUGAUCCGGAAGUUUCUGCAUUGCUUGAUGCUGAAAGCGAUGCUUCGCUGUUCGGUUCUGAUGGUGAGGAUUUGGAAGAGGAUUUUGUGGUUAAGGCUAACCUUGCUGAUGGAGAUGAAGAGGAGGAUGUGUGCAUAGGUGAUGGGCCAAGUUUUGUUGAGCAAUCGGAGAACAACAAUGCAAGAAAUGAAGUUGGUGUGGUUGGAAGAAAUUGCGUGGAGAGAGGAAAGGGUGACUUUGUGGUAGAUGAUCCACGAACUCGUCGGGAUGUGGAUGCAGAAUUUGAUAUGGUUUUAAGUCGGGAAUAUGACAAUGACGAUGAUGAUGACGACUAUGAAGGUGGUGAUCAUGACGAUGAUUAUUUUUAUGGGGAUGAAGUGGAUGAAUCCAUUGAGGAGAAGCUCAAGAACGUCAAACUUAAUGACUGCGUGAAGGAUGACUUUGAGCUUAAUGAAUAUGAGGUUCCGGGAGAUGAUGAGGAGAAACAGAAAACGAAGCAGCUUGGGAAGAUAUAUGAGGAUGAAGAUCAAGAAGACAAGGUGGUAAUUGUAGAGGAAUCUAGUGAUGAAUCAGAAAAAUGGGACUGUGAGACUGUUAUUACUACAUAUUCAAAUCUUGAGAAUCAUCCUGCGAAAAUCGGAGCUCCAGAGCUAAGUAGAAAGAAGAAGCAGCUUUCAGAAACCGUUUUUGGAGGCUUGGAUGCCUCCAAUAAUUUGAUAAAGCUUGGGGGAAGACAGAGGCUGCCUGUGGACUUCUUGCCUCGUAAUAGAAGACCUGCUGCUACAGAGAGGGCGACAGAGAAGGUGGAAGAUAUAGGUAGCUUGAAAACUGAGCAGCAGAAAAGGAAGCAACAUGGUCAGGAGUCAAAGGAGGAGAAGAAAGAGCGGAAGGUGGCUGUCAAGGAGGAAAGACGUGAGGCACGGCGCGCUAAAAAGGAAUUGAAGGAACUUUACAAGGGUGAAGCGCAGCAUGCUCAGAGAGUAGCUGCUAUAUCUGGUCCUUCUUCCAAACGUCUGAUGUGAUUGUGCUGAUCAUCAAAUGGUGAGACUUAAGAAUGCACUGGAUUUUUGUCAAGAAGUGUGGCAUCCCCUCAGCUUUCAUGGUUUGAAGCACGUAUAUGUCAUCGGUUUUGAGAGAAUGGAUGCUAGUUGGUUUAAAACAACAUAUCAUCGAGUCAUAUCUACGUUUCUGAUGUUGUGGACAUGUCAUAAUAUAUAGGAUAUGAGUUGAGGUUCUUUGGAAUCACAUGUUAUGUGACUGGAGCUUGAAGAUAAUAACCUGUCUCCAAGUUUCCGACAUAUUUCAUUUCUUUUUGUCUGGAAAUUUCUAAUGUAUUCAUCAGGUUUUUUUGUUCUUUUUUUGUUUUCACAAUGAUACUAGUUAAAUGAUAGUUGGACUUCUAUAUCUUUACUCCUGCA